AUGAAAGUAGAUGGUAACUCUGAUAAAUAUGAAUCUGAUGAAUACUUAAGAGAGUUGGGGUUAAAUGAAGAAGAGAUUGAUUUAUUAAAGUGCACCAUAGAUACUCUAAGAUCUCUAACAUAUACACUAAAAAAUGUAAAUAUUUCUAAUAAAUUCAAGAUAUCUUGUGAACUUUUGCAGUUAUAUAGUGCAAUAAAACAGGACUUCCUUGGUGAUUUUCCAGCUAUUAUUUUCGCAUCAUAUAGCAAUUACUGGGACGUUUUAACAAUGGGAUUAGAAAUGUGCUGUUGUUCUAACAAGGUUAUGGAGGAAUCAAAUUUGGAUAUAUCAUCAAGAAAAUACUUAGAAUAUACUCCGUACUCAUAUUCUAUUGAAAGUUCACCAAAUUUAUAUGAAAACUCUUAUUUUGAAGAUCAUGGAAAUAAUAGUAAGAAUGAUUGUUGUUGUUUAAAUAUAAAACAAACCAUAUUAGAUCUUACAGCGCAUACAGUGAAUAUGAUAAGUUUAUGGAUUGAUUCAAGCAUCUGUAAAGAUCAGUUUAUUGGCUCAUUGUACAAUAUAUUAGUGAGGUUUUCACUAGUAAUACUACCAAGAUUUUUAAAUUCAUGCAUUUCAUUUUCUCUUAAUCAUGACUGUAUGUGUAAAUUACAAUGGCUGAUAAAAUUUCAUGAAAAUUCUUUGAAUAGUAUAUCUAGAUAUUGGAAUAAAAAAUUAAAAUUAUGGACAUCACUAUAUAAUUUUGUAUAUUGUUCUUGUAGAUAUAAUGAAAUAUUUGUUAUAUUAACAACUAAUAAUGUUCCAAGUAUUUCUAAUAUAGAAAUUGAUAAUAUAGAGAGUUUAUUGGAGGAAUCUAUAUUUUUUCUGGUAAACACUUUUAAUAAUAUAUAUAAAUUAGGUCAAAUAGGACUCAAGAUUUUUAUUGUUGCAUCAUUUUCAGAUAUUUUAACUUGUUUUGUAGAAUAUACUUUGAAAUUAUUAAUAAUUAAAUAUGGAGAUAAUUCAGAUAUUAAAUAUAAAGAGAAAGCAAGGUUAUUAUUAAAUUUUAAACAGGAAAUACCAAAUAUUGAAGAUUUAAACAAGAAAAGGGCUUCAUUUGGAUUUGAUGAAGUUAAAAUUAGCAGUGAAAAUAUUAAUACUGAUUACAUUAAGAUGGAUGACCAUAUUCAAGACUGGAUUGGUUUAACUAAAAUUGGAGAUGAAAAGAUCAAUCAUAAUGAUAAUAAAAUAAAAUUUGACAAUUUUUCAGGAUUUAAUAAUAAAAAUUUGAAGUCUAAUGAUCUAUCAAAUAAUUCGAGUGAUUCCAAAUUUAAUAGUACUGAUAUUAGUCAUCUUUCAAUAUUGGAUUGUCUUAUCUUACUUGCUUAUAAUGAAAACCUGAUUGAAAUAGACUUAUUAUAUAAUAGAGAAAUCAAGGGAACAUUUCGUAGUAUGGUUUAUAGUAUAUUUAAAGAUUUGGCUUUAGAGUCAGAGUCUUACAAACUAGAUGAUCUUAGCUUUCUCAACAGUACGUUAAAUAUGGCACAUUAUAUCAAAAAGUGUUGCAAUAUAAGAGAAAAUAAGGAAAUAGAUGAUUUUAAAGACUUUAAAAGUCAAAUAAAUUUGUUCAUUAAUAGUCCAUCUCACUUGGUAGCUGCUACAAUUUUUCUAUGUAGUCGGAUUAAAGAUGUAUCUUUAUUAACAAAUUACUUCGAAUUAUUAUAUAAAUGUUUGGUAUCAAGUAAAGAUUUUUCUAGUCAUAUUGUGAUCCCAUUAUAUCUAAGGUUAUUAUUUGAGUCUUUAAAUGUAUUAAAUGUUGAAAGCAAUUAUGUUGAAGUUAUAUUUAAAAUUUUAUUGGGAAACAUAGAAAAUGAAGAGCUAUAUAUAUUGAGUCCAUUUCAAUGGAUCCAAUCUCUGAUUAUUUAUACAAAAAGUGUACAUGGAACAAGUGUAUCUGCAAUUAUUUUAAAUUUUCUUGAAUCAUGGACUAGCAGGGCUUUCAGCAUAUACAAUACUGAUAUUGGUAUAAAUGAUAGUAUUUCGAUUAAUCAAAGAAAUGAACUUUCUUCUUGUAUUACUAUUUGUGGAAUUUGUCCUAAUAUUGGAGAUAUUUUUAAUGAGUUGAAAUUAAGUAGAGUUGAUAAUUUAACAAAAAAUUGUUGGAUUCUACUGAAGUACUUUAAUAAAAGUAUUAGCUAUAGGAAUGAUGCUACAGCUAGGCUCCUUAAGUGUUUUAACCUGGAAGCUAAUUUUUCAGAUCCUCUUGAUAUUAAUCGACUUAAUACUUUACCGGAAAUAUCUCAACGCUUUUGGAUUUUGGAAUCAGCUUCAUCAUUUAGUCAGCUUUUUUUCGCACUAAAUCUAACACAAGAAGAUCCUAAUAGUUCAACUAUAUCUCCAUUAGUAACCCCAGAUAUUUCCCAAUUAUCUAAAUUCCUUUCAGUUUGUAGCAAUAAAAGAAUUCAAAUCUCGAUUAGAUUAUCUGCCCUAAACUCUCUAUGUGUAGCAUUAACAAGUUCAAAAUUCACAAGUCAAAUAUUUUUUAUAUUGGUGGAUGAAUUGAUCAAAUUAACCUUAAUUUUCAAAUGCAAACAAUUUUAUUUUAUUAAAGAGGACCAAGAUCAAAAUAUCAAUGAAACUGGGGUUGAAAAUUUAGAUUUAGAUGGACUUUCAGGAAUUGCAGAUAUGGUUCAGAAACAUGAACAAAUACUCCUAUAUCAUCUAACUCUUUCUUUAACAGCAAUAUUCGUAUCCAGAGCAAACUAUAAAACUUUUAGAUAUUUUAUUUUAAAUAAUUAUGGUUUAUUGUUAAUGGAACAUCUUAUUCCAUGGAUAUUUUCUAAUUCCAUACAUUGUAGAACAAGUUCAUCAUCAGUUUUGAUAGUUUUAAUACUAUUUUUUUUAUAUAGUGACGAACAAUUUCAUACAAAAAGUACAAAAAGUGUAUCUGAUGUUUGGCCUAUAAUAGAACUGAAUAAUACAAACAAUAAAUUAGAUAUCCCCACAUAUAUAUAUAAUAUGUUAAUUCUUCCUGGUUUCGUUAGACCAUUAGAAAAUAACCAGAAAAGAGAUUAUACUAAAAAUAGAUCUAACGACAUGGAUAUUUUAAAUAUUAACAGCUCAAGUUUCACUUUAGAGUUUCCAUUAUUCAGUCAAUCACUUGAUAUAUCACCAGUAAAAACAAUUUUACAGGAGGUUGAUGAGUUACUAGAUCGCAAGUUACAUUAUCCAGAUGAACAAGAUAUACAAGAAGUUAUUCAAGCAAUAUUCUCAGAUUCAUUUCCUUGGACUAUUAAAACGUGUUAUUGCAUAAUUUAUGGAUUAGGAGUUCCUUUUCUAUACCAAAAGUUAGAUAGUAUAUUCAAAUAUUUCAUAUAUCAAACAGUUCAAAAUUUAGAAAUGGAAUAUCUCAAUUUCAUAGAUAUGAAUUUGGAAAUUGACUCUUCUAAAGGUUCUGAAUUAGUUGCAAUACUUAGUAUUAUAAAGAAUAUACUAAUGCAAUGUUUCCAUAUCAAUUCUUUUACUUCUGAUCAAUUAAUUAAUCAACUUACUUUGCAUAUUAUAGAUAUCAUUACUGUAGUAUAUGAAUUAAUCUAUAUUCCUGAAGAUAAUAAUAAUAGACUUCAAGUAAAUUCCAAGCCUAGCACUACUUAUUCACUUUACAUUAAAAACAAUAAGUCUGAAUUAUUCAGGAAAUCCUUUAAAAAUAGCAAAAUUACAAGCUCUCUUGUUAUUAUGGGAAUUUUUGAUACCAUCUACUCUUGUCUAAAUUCUUGCAAUGGUCGAAUAAAUGAAAUAUUUUUUGAUUUACUUCCUAGAAAUAUAUCUUGGACAAAAUUGAUAUUCCAAAUAUCAAGAUUAUCUUUUAGUACAUCUUCAACAGCUUGUCUUUUAGCAUUAAAACUUGCUUCGAAAAUGCCACUUAAACAGUGGAUCCAAGAAGAUUCUAUAUAUACUAUUAAAUGUAUAAAGUUCUUUUUAGUAAAUUUAAUGGGAGAUCAUGAAGAUGACUCAAAAAUUGAACAAUCAGCUUUUCAAAAUUUCUUAUAUUUCCAAAAUUUACUAGAUAUAUUGAGUAAACUUAUCAUUAUACCUAAUGACCAUCCAUUAUCUGUCUUUUUAAACUCUUCUAUAUUGGAAUGGUUACAAAUUGUUGAACUUAAAACAAAUUCAUUUGCAAUUCAAGCCUAUACAUGGGAAUUAAGAUAUCAAUUUUUUUUAAAUUGGAUAAGACAAGAUAACAUAUUGUCAUGGAGUCAAAUUAUAUACAAUCUAAGAAUAAGUAAUAAUAAAAAUGGUGAUAAGAGAGAUAAUUUAACUUGGGGUUCUAUUACAAUGUUUGCUAUAAAUAAAUGGAAGCUUUUGCUUGAUAUAUUUUCCAGCGAUCCCAACUUGGCUUUUUCAUGGCAAAUUUCUAGUUUAUAUGAUUGUUAUGAUAAUGUACUACAAUAUAUGAAUAUGGUAUUAAAAUUUCACUAUAAAUUUCUGAAUAAAACUACGUAUAAUUUGGAAAAUAAGAAGAUACAAGAUUUAGAAGUUAUUAAAGUUUUUGAAAUAACCUUCAAAGAAAUUUUAGAUCUAAUUACUGAGAUUAUUAAAACAUCAGAUCCUCCUAAUUUAGAUAUAAUGGGAUCAGAAAUAUCCAUAAAAAAAUCUUCAAAUCUUCUUCCAGAUAUAAAAAAUAAGUUUUCUAUUCGAGUAUCUUGCUCAACUAUUAAUUUCUUGUACAAACUUUUGAAAUAUACCCCUCAGAAUAAUGAAAUUUUAGAUGAAAUAUCCAAACUUCAAAAUUGGUUUUAUUGGAUAUCAAGCAUUAUAUCUGUACAAUAUGAUAUAAAAAAUAGACUUCAAUCUGCUCAAAUAAUUCUAUCUACUGCUAGAGUUCACCCAGUUAAUAUUAAUUCAUUAAUACAGCGUAUUUCUUGUAUAAUACAGGUUAUAGAUGAUACGAAAAAUACGAUGACCAUAAAUGAACUUAUAAUUUCACUUUGUUUAAAUAUAAUUUUGUUAAGCCAAGAGUUUCAGAUUCCUAAUCAAACAAUAGAACUUAUAGUUGAUUAUUGUAAAGAUUACUUGACUAUACAUGAUAUAGCUAUAAAUGAAAAAAUUAAUUAUGGAAUUGCUUUAAUACAAUACAAAAUUUGUUCAUAUAUAAACAAUACUUCAGAUACUUCAGAUGAGUUGAAUAGAAUAACACUUAAAUUACUUAAUUCAGUCAUUUUGAAUAUUGCAGCUUUUAUAAAAAAUGAAUUAUCUGCAAAACAAGUAGAGAAUUUGUCUGGAGAUCUUGAUGUUUCAAUUGAUACACCAAUGAUACUAUUUCUUACACUUGGAAAGAUGAAUUCUAGCUUAAAUAAAAAUUUAGUAGAAUUAAUGCAAGCUGAUCAAGUAUCUGUACUGAUUAAAUAUAUAUGGUCAAAUAUAAAUAAAUUGAUGGAAAUGUAUAUUAGUGAUGAUGAAGAUUCUCAUUCAUAUUUGCAAAGCCUUGAUACAUUAUUAAAUAUAUUGAUUGUUUAUAUUGUUCCAAGUUUAUCUUGUAACUUAAGUAUACUGUGUGAUAUUUAUGAUCCUAAUGAGAUAGCAAAAUCUUUUACUUUUUAUUGGAGAUAUAUUUACAAAUCUCAGAUACCAGAGGAAUAUUCAUUCUAUUAUAUAAAUACACUUGCAUCUUGUAUACUUUGUAUACUUACUAAUAAUUACAAAAAUACAGUAGAAAAGAACUGGAUUCAACAGCUUAAUCUUGGUUUUUACAAAUAUGGAAUUUAUAAUAAUGUUUUAGUAGUUGUAUCUGAAUUAAUAGUAGAAAUGAGGGCAAUUUGUUUGAAGGAAUUUAAAAAUCAUACAUUUGCAUAUACACGUGCUUCUUCAAUAUGGAAUCUUAAAUUUGACUUCCCUACUUCAAAAUUAAUUUGUUUGGUACAAACUUUGAAACUAGUAGGGCUUUGUUUAAAUUAUUUUGAACAUCCAAUAAGUCUGCUUACAGAUUCUCAAGUAAAACCAUUAUUAACUUUUGCUAUAGAAUCACUAGCCUUAAUUCGCUGUAUGGGUAGACAAUUGGAAAGUCAUUCAAGUAAUCAGCAAUAUAAUGAGACUUUUCAAAAAUGUACUAAAGAAUGGUGGAAACAUCUAAAAACUACAAAUAAUGAAAUAGGACUGAGCUUGGAUUUGUUUUCAAAUAUGGUGGCUGACAUAUUUAAUUUGGUUGUAUCUUCCAUUACUAGUUUAGUUCCAAUAACAGACAUAAAUAGAAAUAAUCAAAGUUCUGUAUCUAUAUAUAAAUUAAAUGCAAGAAAUAAAUUAGUUAAUAGAUUCCAUGAUUUAAUAUUAACGCUCUUAGAAACAGAUAGUGCUAUUGGAUUGAAAGUUGGUAGAGAGUUUUAUCCAAUACAAGUUGAUGAUGAAAAUGGAAAUUUAAUUAGUAACUUAAGUCAAAGAGAGUUAAAGCGUCUAAAUGGAGAAAUCUCUAGAGACUCAAUGACACAUACGCAAGCUUAUAAUAUGUGGUUUCAUAAUUUUUUAUUUAAUGAAAGUAUCCCAAUAAUAUGUCGUUGCAGUACUUUAAGAUUAUUUAUAGCUUUGGCAAUUUCUUCUUCUAAAAUACAAUUCAUCAGACUAUGGUGCUCAAAUGAAACAAAAGAAGUUGUCAAAAUUGCAGAUCUCAUAAGAAUUAGUCUUAAAUCCAAAAAUUUUGAAUUUUUAUGGCUUAGUUUGAUACUAACCGAAAUUCUUGUUUCUUAUGAUAGUUCUCCUCUUUUUAAUUCAAUAAAUAAUACAAAACCAAAAGUUGGAGUUAGUUUAUAUUCAGUUGAGCAAUCCAGAAUUAUUUCAAAUAUUCUAGAGAGAGCGUUUGAAUCAUUGGGUAUAUUUCUAGAACAUGAAGACUCUAAUGAAGAUCAGUACUCUUUAAAACAAAUAAUUAAGAGAUGUCUUGCAAGGUUAAAUUCUAUAUAA